AUGUGGCGAGGUGAGCCAACUUUAAUAAGAGACGAAGAUUCGAUACUUGGUAAAAAAUGGGUUUCGAUUUAUGAAAAAGAGGUGGACUUUAGUCCGGCGCAUUUUGAACAGGCGAUGUUGAAUAUCAUCAAACAACCAAAUAUCAACUCUCCUGUUAUCCUCAGAACAGACAUAUUGAAGGAAAAUAUGUAUGAUCCGAAAGAAGGCAACACUACUUUUGUCAGUAAGCUAAUAAACUCUGUGCCGGAUAUAGCCGUGGGUACGGGAAACCUCGAGAACCCACUACUACAUCGAGAUCUCAUGGAUGUUGAAAUUAGACAGUUCUCGCUUGAUGAUGAAUUGAAGUUGCAAAUUAGAAGGGAGGUUGUAAGAAGGAUAAUACCAAGAAACCCGUUUCGGGACUAUAUUAUCAACCAAACAUGUUUAGUCAUGAAAUCGGAAGAUAAUUUAUCUACCUUGAUUGUCUAUAUACCACAUGUCAAGACAGAGGAAGAAUUACCGUAUUAUCUACCUCCGGUAUACGGAGUUGGCAUACUACAUUACAACAAUAAGGUGUCAAUACAUUAUCUAACUUUUCCCAACUCAAAUUGGCAACAGGAGAAACAGAGUAUUGGGGCAAUGGAUAUUCUGGGAAGACCAAUGAGGACGGCAUUGCGAUUAUUGGAAACCGCAACAAAGCACUCCACCGGGGUCAAAUUGGGAUACGAAAAACGAGUGAACCAUGACUUGGUUAUAUCCAAGGUUGAUUUUCAAAACCGAUAUAUCUAUUUAAAGUCAAAAUAUUCUUCUCAGUUAGUCAGUAAUUGGUGUGAAAGCACAGAUCCCAAAAAGCACGUUUUUGAAGAUCUAGCUAUUGCAGCCUUUUUGAUUGAAUAUUGGAAGUUGAAAAAAUUUGAAAUUGGUAGUUUUGAGUUUCGAGAUAUGGGGUGUGGUAAUGGUUUGCUUGUAUAUAUUUUAAUAAUGGAAGGCUAUAGAGGACAAGGUAUAGAUGCAAGAGCAAGAAAAUCAUGGGACAUGUACCCAGAGAAAGUGCGGAUGAAUUUACUAGAAAAGAUCAUUGUACCUGGCAUAUUGUUAAAGCCACAUCCAUCCUUGGCCAAGAUAGCUCCUGAGAUCAAAGACAACGGACGACAAUUUGCCCAGACUGCGGAUGACCAGGUGAAUUACUAUACUGCUAGCAGUCUCCUCCAUUCGUCAAAAGUAUGCACUACAGAAGAAUUCCCCAAAAAUACAUUUCUCAUUGGUAAUCACUCAGAUGAAUUGACGUGUUGGAUGCCACUUUUGGAAUUCCCCUUUUUGGUGAUACCAUGUUGUUCACAUACACUAAGCGGUAUUAGGUUCAGAUAUCCACCAAGGAAGAUACCGUGCUUGACUGGGAUACGAGCUUCUCCACAGUCCUCUACAUAUGGCUCACUAGUUGAUCAUGUUGAAGAUAUUGCAAUUUUGAAUGGCUGGCAAAUUGAAAAGGAAAUGUUGAGAAUCCCAAGUACAAGAAACGCAGCGAUUAUGAGUUGUGCAAAAAUAAAGUCAUUUCAAGAUGAGCCACUGGAUAUCUCACAAUUGAGAGUAUUGGAUAUAAUUGCAAUGGAAGGCGGUGCCGAAGGGUGGGUUGAAAAUUCGCUAAACUUGAUGAAAGGGGCUCCUAGAAAUCAUUAA